CACACAUAUUCAACUCACUGUGGCCCGGGCUCUACCACAACAUGGAGGCGGAAAUUGACGCACUGAGACGGGAGCGUGAGGAGAAGAUUCGACAGAUCGCUGAGAAGCGGAAGCAGGUUGAAGAGCUGCGCAAGAAGCGCAGCGAGCGAGCAGCUCAGGCCAAAUCAGCCCAGGGAACUCUGGCAAGCAAUGUGGAUAGCCUUGUGGCCGAGAUCCUGGGAGGUGCUGCUUCUUCACGUGCAUCUCCAGAAGCUCCUCUAAAGGAACUGAGUGAGAAGAGCCGAAGCUCUCCACCUGGUCCUGGCGAACGAAGCCUAAGCUUUCAACAGGAAGUUUCGAUUGCAGCUGUUGAUAUCGAACCGGAUGGCCAUGUAUCUUAUGAGAGAUCUUGCCAAACUGACCUGCGGGCCAGCGAUGUGGAAGGCGGUGGAGGAAAUGCUGGUGGCCAGGGAGCAGUGUCAAAAUCCUCCACCUCCAUUCUCAUGAAGAUGGCAGAUCGUGCGAAGAACCGGGUACUCACGGGCACGACCUCUGCUACACAGGAGGAACGGAGGCUCAAGCGAGCCGCAGAGGCAAAAUCUUCCGAGCCCGAGAGACCAGAAAUCAAGGAGCUCUCUGCGGAGGAGAGACAAAAGUUGGAGGGUCAUCCCGACUACAAAGCGUUCUUUGAGAGAGCAACUUUGCUGGUGGAGCGUGCUCUAGGGCAGGAAGCAUGGGACAUCGCGUUGGACUUCAAGAAUACUUCGGCUGAGCAAGCCGAAGGUGGUGCUGAUGCCCUCAAGCAUGUUGAUGACUACUCUGAGGAGAAAUGGGCAAAAGGUCGAUGUGUCACCGACCUGCGCUUCUCUCCUCAUCGUCAGGAGAUCUUCAUCUCUGCAUACCACCAGAAGACCAACCCGGAGCUUUCUGAUCCGGACGGGUGCAUGUUGGUUUGGAAUUUGACAAUGAAGAAUCGUCCAGAAGUGGCAUUUUCAGCACCAAGUGCAGUGCUGACAGCUAUUCCUCACAAGUUUGAUCCAGCUCUAUUUUAUGGAGGUACUUACUCUGGUGCCAUUCUCCUUUGGGAUACUCGGCAGAAGGCAGGACCUGUGCUGAAGACACCAUUGAGCGGCAAAGGUCACGCUCAUCCGGUGUCAGCCAUGGAGCAAGUGGGUACACAAAACGCAACCAAUUUGGUAACAGCGUCGAAUGAUGGACGGCUUUGUGUGUGGUCACUUGCCAUGCUGAACACUCCGCAGGAGACGUUUGAUCUCAAGAAUGAGAGCAAAGCUGGUCGACGGGAGCCAUCCGUCAUGUCCUUCUCAUUCCCUGAGAACGAAACGAAUAUCCUCUAUGUGGGUUCUGAGGAUGGAGUGAUGUGGCAGGUGAACCUCAGGGGGAGCAAACCUGGCAUCGCAGAGCUCUAUGAGGGCCAUGAUGGACCUGUCACUGGAGUCCACAUGCAUCCGCAUCAGGGCAAUGACUCUGGCAUCUCUUCGGAUACCACGACGGACUUAUGCCUAACAAGUUCGUUCGAUUGGAGUGUGAAACUCUGGAGAGUUAAGCACUUCCAAUCACCCGUCUUGACGCUGGACGCAUUUGAAGACUAUGUCUAUGACGUCCGAUGGCAUCCGACUCAUCCAGCAUGUUUCGCAUCCACGGAUGGCGAAGGGCAUGUGGACCUGUGGAACUUGAACAAAAAUAUCGAGUCGCCAGUCCUGCGCUGUGAAAAUCCGAACAAUCGAAGGCUAGCUCUGAACAAGUGCCACUGGUCCAUUGAUGGUCGCAAACUUGCUACCGGUGACAGUGAGGGGACUGUGAGUGUUUAUGCUGCGGACCGUUCCGUGGCGCAGCCGAGGAAUGAAGACUUUGUUCAAUUUCAGGAGCGUGUGCGGCAGCUGAAACCCACGGCCCAGCGCUCUCGGGACGGCUACGACUCCCGGCUUGCUUCCAUGGCACGUUAGGAAAGACUUGCUUGAUUCGAAAA